AUGACGAAACACAUGGGAACCACAUCGUUGCUCGGUCCCAGCCAUCACAUUCUCCAGCGUCGGGCAAUCCGACUGACGCGUGAGUCGCGCUACCUGGUCCAGUCACAACUUCGCCAGUGGCGUGAGAAGACGCCUCCUGUGGGUGAGCUCGCCAAGCAGAUCGAUGAACUUCUGUCGGUUUUCUCUGAUCUGACUGAUUUGUUGGAGGUAAAUGUGGAGGGCCUGGCACGCGUCGAAGGUGCUGCUAAUGCUCAACGAAUUGCUCUCCAACGUCUCUCCAACGUCUUCAAUGCCGAACUGCAGAAGCUGCAAAAUCCGGAAGAUUGUAACAAAGUGAAGCACUUGGUCGUUGACAUCAAUAAAGCAUGUGGAUUUGGUUGCCAAUUACACCACGCAGCGCACUGCUUUCGGCUCGCCAUAGCAUCUGGUCGUGUUCUACAUUUAAUCAACAGCACAUAUUCUUACUCUAAGAGUGGUUUCUCUUCAGUUUUUAAACCUCCCACCUCCUGUCCUCUCCCUGAAACUGUUGCCAAAGCGCACACAAUUACGUGGGGGUCGCCCGGUUAUGAGGACGCAGCCUACGUCUACUGUCCCAUCGUGGAACAGCUGCACGAGAUUCCGAAAUAUGCCCACCCGGCGGUUCCCACAUCAAUCGCUGAUACACUGGCCCAUCUUCACGGAGCCCCAUCCAUAUGGGUCUCCGGUCAUCUUCUGGCCUACCUCAUGCGUCUUCGGACCGGGGAGAUUUCUGCGUCUGUUGAAAGGCUCAUUCGAAGCAUAAGAGGCACACCCGACUCCACCCCUAUCGUUGGGGUCCACAUUAGACGCACAGAUAAGAUCAAAACGGAGGCGGCCUUUCAUAAGCUGGAGGAGUACAUGUACUAUGCGGAUCAAUACUUUGAUAAGCUCGAUGCAGAGCGUCUGAUGAGAGCCAGAACGGAGGAAUGGUACGGCGAUGACACCUCCCCGCUGCCCUCGCAUAUCACAAGACGUAUCUUCAUUGCAACUGACGACGCCGAGGUGUUUGCCGAAGCUCGACGUCUGUACUCCUCUGUGUUGUCUUCAAACGGCUCGCCCCGCUAUGAAUUUAUAGGAGACGUUCAGCGCGCCCAAUCCGCAUCACUAUCUACUCGAUACACCCACAACUCUCUCCUUGCUGUCACUGCAGAUGUUUUUGCACUCUCCUACACCGAUUACAUCGUCUGUACAUUCUCCUCUCAGAUCUGUCGGCUCGCCUACGAGUUAAUGCAGACACAUCCCACCCGACUCGGCGAUGCGUCGAUGCGCGCUCAAUCUCUGGAUGAUACCUACUACUAUGGCGGCCAGCAGCCUUGGAGCCAGGUAAUCAUUGUCGACGACAUAGAAACUGGCAUGGAGGCCGGCGACACGCUGGCUUACCUGGGGAAUCACUGGAACGGCUAUGCCAAGGUAAAUCUCCCAAAAAACAAGGGAGAAGCCAUACGACCCGCCUACAAGUUUGAAAGUCGUUUAAUGGAAAUAGACUUCCCUGGAUUUAAUGCCUCAUUCCCUUAA